GUCCUCUAAAACCCUAGAAAAACCAUUUCGUCACUUCGUUGGAGUCUGCAGUCUCGCAGCUUACUGUUAAGGUUUCUGAAGUUCAGCCAUGUCGGAUGUUGAGAUUUCUCGUUCGGAGAAGAAGAAGAAGAAGCAUCGGAGCAAGGAUGAAGAAGUUUCACCAGUGGUAGCUUCCGACGAGCAGCCGCUCAAGGACGUUGCCGACUUUUUGAUCAAGCCGCAAAGUUUUACUCCUCCGGUGGAUACAUCUCAAUGGCCUAUUCUUCUGAAGAACUACGACCGUCUCAAUGUACGUACUGGACACUACACUCCUUUACCGUCUGGUUUCUCUCCUCUGAAGCGGCCUCUGAUUGACUACAUCAGGUAUGGUAUUCUCAACCUUGAUAAACCGGCGAAUCCUUCGUCGCACGAGGUUGUGGCUUGGAUUAAACGGAUUCUUCGGGUUGAUAAAACGGGUCAUAGUGGUACACUGGAUCCGAAGGUUACUGGUAAUUUGAUUGUGUGCAUUGAUCGAGCCACGCGGCUCGUGAAGUCGCAACAGGGUGCUGGUAAGGAGUAUGUGUGUGUUGCUCGUUUGCAUUCUGCUGUGCCCGAUGUUGCUAAGGUGGCUCGGGCUCUGGAGACGCUCACUGGAGCUGUGUUUCAGAGGCCGCCUUUGAUAUCGGCUGUGAAAAGACAGCUUAGGAUUAGGACUAUAUAUGAGAGUAAGCUUCUUGAAUAUGAUGCUGAUAAACAUUUGGUUGUGUUUUGGAUUUCUUGUGAGGCUGGAACUUACGUUAGAACGUUGUGUGUGCACUUGGGUCUCAUUCUUGGUGUUGGAGGGCAUAUGCAAGAACUUAGGAGGGUGAGGUCUGGGAUUUUGGGUGAGAAGGAUAACAUGGUUACAAUGCAUGAUGUUAUGGAUGCUCAAUGGGUUUAUGAUAAUUUCAAGGAUGAGAGUUACCUGAGGAGGGUAAUUAUGCCUCUUGAGGUGGUUUUGACAAGCUAUAAAAGAUUGGUUGUCAAGGAUUCUGCUGUUAAUGCUAUUUGUUAUGGUGCUAAGUUAAUGAUUCCAGGGCUGUUGAGAUUUGAGAAUGAUAUUGAAGUUGGGGAAGAAGUUGUACUUAUGACCACCAAGGGUGAAGCCAUUGCUCUUGGUAUUGCUGAGAUGACCACUUCUGUGAUGGCAACUUGUGAUCAUGGCAUUGUUGCAAAGAUCAAAAGGGUUGUGAUGGAUCGUGAUACUUACCCAAGGAAAUGGGGACUAGGUCCAAGGGCAUCAAUGAAGAAGAAGCUUAUUGGAGAAGGGAAGUUGGAUAAGCAUGGAAAACCAAAUGAGAACACUCCUCAAGAGUGGCUGAGGAAUUUGGUUUUGCCUACUGGUGGGGAUUCAUUGGUUGCAAGCGUGUUCGCUUCCGAUACUGCCACUCCAAAGCAGAACGUUGCAGCUGAUGAGGAAAAAGAUGGUGUAGGGCAGAAGCGGAAACACGACGAGGAAACAGAAGCUGCAGCUCCUGCUAAGAAACUGAAAGGUGAAAAGGCCGAGGAAGCUGAAGAAGUUGAAGAAUCCGGGAAGAAAGAGAAGAAAAAGAAGAAGAAAGAUAAAGAGAAGGGAGGCAUAGAAGCUUCAGAUGAUGAAAAAGCUGAGAAACCAGAGAAGAAAAAGAAGAAGAAAGACAAGGAUGCAAAAGAAGCGGGUACACCGGAGACAGAGAAGUCGGAGAAGAAGAAGAAGAAGAAGAAAGACAAGGAGUCCGGAAAUGAUACUCAAAAUGGCGAAGCAGAUGGGCAUGUUGAUGGGGGGAGUGAGAAGAAAAAGAAGAACAAAGAAGAAGCCAGACGAAUAAGAAAGAUGUAGUUUUAGUUUCUAGAUUGUAAGGCCAUCAUCUAUUUCAGUUUCUAGAUUUUGCAACAUCUUUUCUAUGCAUUUUCUGUAGAAUUUUUGCUUAAACACAAAAUGGUAUGGUAGGCUGUUCGAUUGUUCUUACCAAAACUUCCUUGCUGCUGCUGCUGCUAUUCCCUUCUGGAUUUCAUGUCGAUCUUUCCAUCU